CACACGCUGACCAAUACCGUGGACCCAUGACCCGGCGCGCCAUAUUUCUCCACACCUCGUGGCUCCCAGGUUCUUGUGUAUUUUGCCGAAAUAACCGGCAACGAUUUGUACUGUCGUUCUAAACUUACAAUCUACCCUUAAGAACCAUGUCAGAUCCAGAACAUGACGCCUCCAGCGAUGGGGAUCAACUGGGAAGCUCACCUCCUCAGAACCAAGCCGCUAUAACUGCAGCAGGCCUAAUGCAGAACCCUGAGUUACUUGCUGCCAUUCAGGGUGGUCUUGGCAGACUUAUUGGACAGCCAUCUGGUUAUAUUCAAAGUUUACCAAAAUCUGUACAAAGAAGAAUAAAAGCCCUCAAAAACAUCCAGGUUGAAUGCUGUAAAUUGGAGGGGAAAUUCUAUGAAGAAGUCCAUGCUCUUGAGUGCAAGUAUGCUGAAAAAUUCAAACCAUUUUAUGAAAAGCGGCGGAAUAUUGCCAGUGGAGGUGUAGAGCCAACAGACGAAGAGUGUAGGUGGCCCAGUGACGCUGAGGAUGAAGAUGAGGCUGAGGAGAAGGAGGAGAAAGAAGCCACUGAGGUAUCUAAGCUAUCGGGUGAGGUAGAAGAGAAAGUGAAGAUUGACGAUGAAGAGAAAAUUGAAACAGAACAGCUUCCAGAAGACACCAAGGGGAUCCCUGAAUUCUGGCUCACAGCUAUGAAGAAUGUGGAACUCUUGUCCGAGAUGAUUCAGGAGCAUGAUGAGCCUAUCCUGAAGCAUCUACACGACGUCAGAGUGAUUUUCACAGGUCCUGAGAGCACCAACACCACACAAUACCCCCAGCCUACCCCAAUGGGAUUUGUGCUGGAAUUUCAUUUCACUCCUAAUCCAUUCUUUACAAAUACAGUAUUAACCAAAAGCUAUAAAAUGAAGUGUGAGCCUGAUGAAGAUGACCCUUUUUCAUUUGAGGGGCCAGAAAUCGUGAGCACAUCAGGAUGCAAAAUUGACUGGAAAAAAGGCAAAAAUAUUACUCAGAAAGUAAUCAAGAAGAAGCAAAGACAUAAGGGACGUGGUCAGACAAGAUUUGUCAACAAGACGGUGAAGAAUGACUCGUUCUUUAACUUCUUUUCACCACCCGAAGUCACAGAGGAUGAUGCUGAUAUGGACGAGGAAACUGAAACUUUGCUAGCUGCUGACUUUGAAAUUGGUCACUUUGUGAGAGAAAGACUUGUCCCAAAGGCUGUUCUUUAUUUUACUGGCGAAGCUAUUGAGGACGAGUUUGACGAAGAAGACGAAGAUGAGGAGGGGGAUGAUGAUGAUGACCAUGAUGAUGAUGGUGACGAGGAUGAAGACCCUGACUACCAACCACCAGCGGACGGAAGCCAGCCUCAAGAAUGUAAACAACAAUGAGAGAACAACAGAUUUAGCAAGCUGGACUUGUACGAAAGCAGCCAGGGAAUAAUUCCUAUGGCCUUAGAUGAAUACACUGUUCCUGUGGUACUUUGUCCUUAUACAGUAGUUUCGCGGCUAUUUAUAAAUCGUCAUGGUACAUGCUCGGCGCAUUUUAUUAUGAGGAUAGAUACAGGAGUCAAAUCCAUGUGACAUUUUCCUACCCGAUUGAGUAUUCUGAUUUCCCGCCAAGCGUCCAAUAUCGACCAUGCGCGCGAUGUUGUAAAAAAAAAAAAGUCUGAAAACUUACACCUCUCCGUUUUCCCGCCUUUUUUUAGUGGAGACACCAUAGAAAUAUAGAUAAUACAAGCUUUUGUACAUAGUUAGUCUACUAACUAUGCUUUAUACAAUUACUUCAACACUGUUGCUUGUAAUUAAAGACAAAUUAAUGUUUCUAGCGAAGUUGCUGGUUUAAAUUUGUGAUUAAAACGAUUUCACUGCAA